AUGCGGUCCAAAUGCUGCUCAAGUUUGAUGCUUCACCGACAGUGCCUGACAACAGAGGGAGCAAUCCCCUUCAUCUUGCGGCGUGGACCGGUAACGUCGAGAUCGUUCAAACUCUUCUCACUGUCGGCGUCAGUAAGGACCAAGUCAAUGAACAGAAUAAUUAUUGGGACACGCCUCUUCAUUUUGCUGCCCAGUACGGUCACACUGAUGUGGUGUCUAUUUUAUUAGAGAAUGGGGCUGACCCUACACUAUGCAAUCGUAAGGAAGAGGGUCCCUUAGAUCUAGCUGCCCAGUACGGCCGCCAGGACACCGUCCAGUUACUGGUCAGACUCAGGCCGGACCUUCUUGCCAAGAUUCCCGACUCCCGGUCAUUGCUUCACCUUGCAGCUAAGAACGGUCAUCAUCGGAUCGUCAAGCUAUUACUGGAUGCUGGUUGUGACAUAAAUAAAACGGUAAUAUAAAGUUUGUGACAUGAUAUUCCACUUUUAAUAUGUAUAUAUAGUUCAUCUUGGUGUAAAGUUGAGUUGAAUAAAAGCAAAAUGCAAAGAACUUAUUAAAAGAAAUUGGCUAAUGAAGCCAGGUUUAAAAGGUGAAAAUCCAUUUAACAAUCUUGACUAUUUAAGGUUUUUAUUUUGUGUAUGUCAUGUACGAGCACUUUGCCUUUAUGUAAUCCUCAAAGUCCCAUUUUUUAAUAGUGCAUGUUGACUGAAACAUUUGACUCUUUUGAAGUACAAAAACAACAUGAUUAAUGACUUAUAAAAAUACCAGUGUUUUCUUUCUUUAAUGUUCAUUAGAAAAUGGCAUUUUAUUGUAUUUACAUCACAUAAGAUUUAACAGAGGAGCUGCCUGCUAGUGACAUCACAAAAUUAGAAUUUUGAAAAUCCAUUGCUAUGUAAUAUUUUCCCAAACCCCAAACAUAGCUUGAUUUUAUAAAAGUUGGAAAGUGAGAUUGUUCAUGCUAUUAAAAAGCCCUUGAUCUAUCCCUUUAAUUAUAAAAGCUCAUGUUCAUUGCUAAGCAGGAAGCGCUGUUAGCAAGGAAGCCCCGCGUCGAGGACAUGAUGUAUGUGUCUUGCUGCCGAAUAUGCAACGUCCUCUAGGACUCGUCUCCCAAUAUAGCGCAUGGACAGGAAUAAGAAUGUUAUGAUCCUGGGAUUAUUGUUCAGAGGCCAUGUAGAAACGCUACGAUAAGUCAUUUGGCCAAGUUGUGAACUCAUCGGGCUGUUUCCUAAAUUUGUAGAGUUACGCGCUGUUCCGUAAAGAGUUUCAGAUGACUCUAAGUACACCGGAACUGAUGCUAAAUGAGACUCUUGGUCACUUAAAUUCUCAUUAACUAACUAUUCAAAAGACGAAGAAAUGUGAUCAAUAGAGAUAGAAUUAUAGCUAAAAACCAUUAUUUUCAACUCAUUAUAAUAGCCAAAUUAUGAACCAAGCAAGCUGUUUCUAAAGUUCGUUUUUGAGUUCCGUAUGAAUUUUCAAACAUUUGGUGUUAACUGAAAUUCCUGGCCACUUUAAUUCUACCCAACUAAAAUUAUGAUCCAUUGAAAAUAAAAUUAUAGUGAAUAAUUAUUAUUUUCAACUUAUUUUGCCAAAUUGCAAACUCUGCAGGCUGUUGUGUAAAGUUCUGCAUGACUUUACAAACACUGGUGCUAAUACCUUGGUCACAUUUGCUCUACGGCGGCCAUACGACGAGUCGAAAACAGUCUUUUUAACAUUUAUGUACCAGCUACAAAUAGCUGGUUUGAGAUAAAAAUGAAUGAAACGGCUGUUUUCGACUCGCCGUAGAGCAAAUGUGACUGAGGUAUAAAUGAGCCUCUUGGCUGCUUGAAUUCUUAUCAACUAUUAAAAAGAUUUACAAAAAGUAUGGUCUAUGGACAUGGAAUUGUUUAUAGUACCCCCCAGUAUUUUCAACUCAUUAUGCCAAAUUAUGAACUCAGCAGGCUGUAAAGUGGAACAUGUUCUUUGGUGCUAACUGAAAUUCUUUGUCACCUUAAUUCUUUCCAACCAUAUUUAUUAUGCAGGGUCAUUCUCAGAAAAAUGCUACAAUUGAUGGGGGAAAAAAUCGUAAAAAUUAAGUCUACAGAAUGGGUUGAAAAAUAGAUAUUGUGAAAGUACCAUGUAUGAGAAAGUGGCAACAGAAAAGGGGCAAGUCGCUGUUGCGUCAAUUUGAAGUACUGACCGGAUUAACUCGAGCACUGUAUAUCAAUGUUACGGAGGUUAAUCGUUUGCAUUGCUCACUUAUGUUACUCAAUUAAAUCACUUUUGAAAUGAUUAAAUAGAAAUGCGCACCAUUUAGAUUCAGUGUGGUAUCAACAAUUUUAUUUACUGAAGCCAAAAUGUUUGCAAGAUAGAAAAAAUAUUCAAUAUUGUUUUUCAGAAGCAGGAUUUUACCAAAUAACAUUUAACUAAAAGUACCAUAAAAAAUAUUGCAAUCUUUCGUUCAGUUUAUUGUUCAUAAUUUGAAUGAGGCAACCUUAAAAUAACUUUCAUCUAUAACCUGAGAUCCUAAGCAAUGCAUGACCUAUGCUGGGAAUCCAAAGAUAGUUUACCAUUAAAUCCUCUCGAUGGCAUUUAACCAUGUCAACCUUCGUUACGGAAGUUAAAAUCAAGUUACAAAUUGCAAUACUUAUUUUGUUAGCUUAAGAACAUCCAUAUUCUCUUGGCUUGCUUCGCGAACGAAGAUUUAUAAAGGCAGUCCACGUCGACUGCAGGCACGCAUGUGACUCACAAGGCCGAUACGUGAUAGACAGGCCCGGCCACAGCGGCCGCAGUCAAAAGUCACGUUUGGUGUGGCUGCUGAGGCUUCGCGAUUCUUUCUGCGGCGACGUUUCUCCCUCAGGUGAUCUUUUCGGGAUUCCUCGAAAGAAGAGGCAGCCUGAUGGACUAUAUGUCGCCAGCUAGCACGGUCAGCAGCCAGAGUAGACCACUGGCAAUGAUCGAUAUGGCAUGUACCGAGGGACUUCUUCAGGAUGUCCUUGAAGCGUUUCUUUGGAGCCCCUCUGUCACGAUUGCCAGUAGAAAGUUCGCCGUACAGGGCUAUCUUGGGCAGGCGAUGGUCUUCCAUUCUUGAGAUGUGUCCUGCCCAACGGAGCUGAGUCUUCAGCAGCAGCAGCUGAACAUCCAUAUUAAUGUAUUGGUAUAACAUUUUUCAUUUAUUUAUUGAAGAUGAAUGUGGAACGCAUUGCUUAAUUUUCCCAUCCCCCCCCCAUUUUUUUUAAAUGUUAAAAACAGAACAGGAAAAGGACAACUGUCAUUUUUGUUGUCGUUCUUGUUCACAGUUGGAAUGAGAAAACCGAAUAAUCGGGCCACAAAAUUGUAGUUCAUCUUAAAAGUUUCUGGCCCUAAGUAAUCAUAAGCAAGAUCCUAAGCAAUGCAUGACCAAUUCUGGUAAUCCCAGGAUACUUUACCAUCAAAUCCUCAAGUGACAUUUACCCUUAUCAAUCUUCGUUACGGAAGUUAAAUUAAGUUACAAAUUGUAGUAUUUAUUUGUUAGCUUAGGAAAAUCCAUAUUUAGGUAUUCGUAUAACCUUUUUCAAUAAAUAAAGAUAAAUGUGGAACGCAUAGCUUAAUUUGCUACCCCUCCCCCAAAAAAGAAAAUGUGAAAAACAUAACAGGAAACGGAAACUGUAAUUUUAUUGUCGUUCUUGUUCAAAGUUGGAAUGAGAAAACUGAAUAACCGGGCCACAGAAUUGCAGUUCAUCUAUAAUUUUCUGGCAAUAAACAAAAUAUAGCAAUCGCAGUCCCGUAACCAGGAUGAGUUCUCUGGGUUACGAGGAAUCCCGCCGCUUGCCAAAAGCCAAAAUAAAGAUAGAAAAAAAAGAAGAAAAAACAUUAAAAAAAGGACAUGGGGAAAUGAAUAAUAAAAAAGUAAGGUGAAUGAAACAUAAGGCUAAAAAUUCACAAAUACAUAAAUUAUUAACGGAAUCUAUAUGAUCUAAUCGCGAUUUAUUUUUAUUAUUUUGUUUCAUCGAGAUACACAAUUACGCAUCCUGUUCGUGAUUUAAAAAAAUGACGAAUAGCCAAAAUGUUUGAUUAUCGAAGUACGUAUUUUAUUUAUAAAUUCCAACAAACCGUGAGUGUUUAAAAUACCCCUUUCCAUGUUUUCAUGUCAGUAGGCUUAUAUCGAUUAUUUCAACGCUUUUCAUGCGCAGUAAAGGGGUCAACCAGGCUGAAAAUAUGAUCUGAACAGAUAAUAAUCAGACAAACAAAAUACUGC